AUGUUCCACUAUCAAACGGGUCGUAAUCGAGGUCGGGUUCGAGGCAGUAAUAACAACUCUCCAACUGCUACCACCUCAUCUAUAGCCACAAUAGGCAGUAAUAGUAUUGCAAGUCAUGCAACUAUUACAUUACUUGUACUGCAUUAUUCAUUGGGUGAAUUGCGCGUUGUGGAUGCAUUAACUUGUAUGACAUGUGUUACGACGUUACAUCAGAGUAGCCAACUGGAUCGAUUCCGUGUGACAGCACGUCUACCACAGCCAACCUGUCAAAUGGAACCGAUCGUGUGUGAUCGUGAUCAAGACGUUUGUGUGACGAUCACUAUGCAUAUUGGACAAGGCUAUUAUUGGAUUGGUGCUGGAUGCGAUAAACAUGAGCACUUCGAGCAUAUGUCGUGUCAAAACAUUCCAACGAUGACACGGAACGUUCAGUUGGGUACCGUACAUGAACGUAAAGCACUACAACGUGUCUGUGUUUGUAAAAAGGAUCGUUGCAACGGUGCACUAUCAAUGAAGCACUUCAUUCGAUCGGAUUCAUAUCUGAUGAUUACGACUAUCUUUAUUGCUAUAAUGUAUUAUCUAUGUACGGAUAUUUUAUUAUUCAGUGAGUAUUUUAUUCCAAUCACUUAG